AUGUCUUCGAAUAGGUUUGAGAUCAUUGGUUUGGUCUACUUUGGUCAGGGAAGUGGACUGCCGCACCAGAUACAACUUGAUCUCGAGAUCACCUUGUUGGCAUGGCACUUUACACUUUUGGUUAGCAGUGCCUUCCUACUCUGGUGGUCCAAUCGAUAUCGACCCAAUCGAUUAACCAGACUUGUAUAUACUAUAAUAUUAAUACAUUGUAUAGCAAAGACAAUAUCAGACUCAUUGUUUGUAUUAUUGCUUACAGUUGAUAUGAAUGCAUUGGGCGCAUCGAUAGCGUUUGAAGCAUUCGAGAUUAUGGCCAUCGUGACUUAUUACUGCAUGUUUGGCAUUGUACUGUUCAGUUGGAUAGAGGUGGUGUUCCGCGUCGAGCACUUGGGCCACGGCGAGGACAAGGUCAGAAUGCUACGCAAUGUCUUUUGUGUGUUCACAUCGAUGUGGAUCUCGGCGGUGUUCAUCAUCAGCGAGACCUAUCUAAACAUCGACCAGGAGGUGGCCAUCAUGGUGUUUGGCGUCGGCAUGCUCAUCAUCUCUGGCUUCUCAUUCGCACUGUCGAUCGCCUUCAUUGUCUACUGGGUAAAACUGCAUCGCAUGGUCACUGCGCUGCAGAUCCACCAGACGACGCAACGCAAGGUGUUCCUGGUCAAAGUGGCCGUCGUCACCAUCAUCUUCAUCCUGUGUCUGGACGCCAAGAUUGCGCAUUACUUUAUCAACGUGCGUCGUCCAUUUGUCGCCAGCAUCUGGGAUCUGUACGCGCUGAACUACUUCCCCGAGGCGUUGGCUGUCACUGUGGCUCUGGCCUUCUUUGGCUCCAACAUGAAGUCGGUGGACUACUCCGAGGACUUUGGCGCCAAGAACAACUACACGGCACGCACCGAUACAGAUCACCACUUGAACAAAGAUGAGCAACGACGAGGAUUAAUUCAGGACGACGAGUCCACCACCACCAGUUACGGAUCAUACGACAGCUACUACACCGUCCAAUAA